AUGAUUACGGACGAGAUCUACGAAUUAUGUCACCCUGUCCUUGAAGAUGCGGAGCUGGAGGAGGAAGACAAGGUUGAGAAGCUGGAGGUGUUGCUCCAAAAGCAGACUGCACUCCGUGGGUCUGCUCUGGAAAACACAAUCCUCGAUGCUCUUUGGAGGCACCGGAACGCAGCCAAUCCAGGUUCAGGAGAAGCACCAUCAAGACACACGGUCAUCAGAAAGUCUUCACCCGCCCCAUGGCAAAUGCCUCGAGCUGGUACCCCUCUUGCAUCGCCACCUAUAUCUAGUAGCCCUGCUGCUCCUUCUGGCUUCCCCACAAGACCGAGCUUCUCGCGACAGAAGUCAACAGCGCCAUCCCCAUUUGCUUCUCCACGACCCUCGCCACGGCUUGCUUUCGCGCAGCCCAUUCCCCAUAGCCCGAACCUUAAUGCUUACGAGUUUUCCGAUUCUAGUCCAGCACCUGAUAUAUAUGGAGAUUAUGGAAGUGAUAACGUCGAUUGGCUGGUCGCAGAUGAUACGGCAAGUAAUGCUUCGUCGACUGGAACAGGCCAGCUGAGCGCUGCAGCACCAGAAUGGCUUCCGCAGCCGGACAUGAGCCCAUAUGAUAUACUAAGGUCAGUCCUAGGCGACAGAAAGACGAAUGAGGAGAUCGAAGAUGCCUUAGAGAAGAAUUCAUAUGAUCUAGGCGCCACCAUAGCACAGCUUUCCGAUGGGGAUAUCAUCGACCAGCAGGUCAAUUCUGACACAAAUCAACACAACGGCGCUGUUCUGGUUGGCAAGUCCAUGAAUAUUGAGCAAGUGCGCCCGGUCACGCCGAAUACUGGCAAAAGCCCUAUCGUCUGCAAGUACUGGUUGGCAUCAGGCUCAUGUCUGCGUGCUGAUUGUCGGUUUGCACAUGAUGCCACGAAUCACGUCUGCAAGUAUUGGCUGGCAGGGAACUGUCUGGCUGGUGACUCAUGUCAAUUCUCCCACGAUCCAUCAGCCCUGAUGAGUACACUCAGUGUCACGGACAGUUCCAGCCUUUACGGUACAUCACCACAAAUCUAUCAUCUGCAAGACCAGUACGAUCAAUUCCCAGCCCUGCAAAGUGGAAAUCGGUCAAGCAGUUCAUCAAGUUUCACCAUACCUGCAAAUGGCCAAUUCCCCACGUUUACGCCACUGAGCCAACAGCGUUCACGUAGUGGAUACCAACACAACAACUCUCGUCCGCAGUCCAGACCAACGUCUCGCCACCAACAUAGACCAGAAGCCCCGUCGUCUGCACCAUCGGUAGACGACCCAGAAGCAUUCCCCACCCUCGCAUCCCUCAACUCCAAACGUGCUUCAAAGCAUCAUGGACAGCGUUCACGCCACGGGCACAAUAACUACAACGAGAAAGAAGUUCCAGGCUCAUUGGCCGACGUUGUCCGGAUGUCACCCUCACCAGUGCCCAGCCAGCGUAAGCUAGAAGCCAUGAAAAGAGUCCGUUCCACAGCAUCGUCCGAGUCAGCAGCAGCCCAGAAAAUUCCCCAACCGCAGCACAUCCCCUGGCUUGAAACCGGUGCCCGUGCCAACCAGCAGUACCUGAAAUACCGCCAAGAAGCCAUCAAGCAUGGAAGCGUUCGGAACAAAUUCCUACAGAGCGCAGCACAAGCCUGGAACCGCAACGAUGCCCGCGCCGCCAAAGCCCUCUCCCUCCGCGGCCAAGCCGAAAACGACGCCAUGCGCAAAGCCCACCGCGAAGCCGCGAAAGCGCUAUAUGAAGAACGAAACCAACACCUCAGUACCACAAACAACAGUAAUAAUGAUGACGAAGAAUUUUACAUCGACCUCCACGGUCUCCAUCCCGAAGAAGCGGUCGAGUAUCUCGAAAACGUGCUUGUGUCGCACUCCCAACGCGGUGGCGGAAGAGGAGGUGGCGGGAGUGGAGAGGCGAGGAGUAGGAUCGUCUACGCCAUCACUGGUACAGGCCAUCAUAGUAAGAAUGGGAAGGACAAAGUGGGUAAGGCGGUCAGGAACUGGUUGAAUGAGCUGGGUUACACGUUUCGCGAGUUUAGCGUUCCGGGGGAGAGGGGCGGGUAUGUGGGUGGCGUGUUGGGCAUUGAGAGUACGAGUGGUGGCAGGAGGACGUCUGCUACUGCUACGGGAAAUGGUGAGGGUGGUGGUGGGAAGGAUGAAGGUAGCAGCAGUACUGGUGGGCCAGUGGCCAUGGUGGGUGGUAAGAUACAGGUCCUGAAGCGGGAGGAGAUUCCUAGCUGA